AUGCAUACUUCCGCCGUUCAGAUUGUAGUAUUGAUUGGAAAUGGCCCUAGUGCCAAUGACAUUUCCAGAGAGAUCUCAGAAGUUUCCAAGGAAGUCCAUUUAGCAUCAAGAUCCCCAAAUGUCAAAAUUGGGAAGUUGGAUAACCAUUGUAAUAUAUGGAACCAUUCAAUGAUAGAAUGUGUUUUUGAGGAUGGUAAAGUGGCUUUUCAAGAUGGGUCCUCAGUUUCUGCAGAUAUCAUUUUCCACUGUACAGGCUAUAAAUACAAUUUCCCAUUUCUUGAAACAAAUGGAAUUGUGACUCUGGAGGAUAAUAGAGUUGGGCCCUUAUACAAGCACAUUUUCCCACCUCGCUUGGCUCCUUGGCUAUCUUUUGUGGGCUUACCUUCAAUGAUUCUCCCCUUCAUUACUUAUGAGCUACAGGCCAAGUGGGUAGCACAGGUUUUAUCUGGGAAGGUGAUACUACCAUCAGAGCAGGAGAUGAUGAACUCUGUUGAAGAACACUACCGACGUAUGGAGGAGAGUGGAAGACCCAAGCACUACACCCAUAAAUUUGACAAGGACCAGUUUGAGUACAAAAACUGGCUUGCUGCUCAGGUGGGAUUGUCACCCAUGGAGGACUGGUUAGAUCAAAUGGUUGCCAUUAGUAUAAAGGCUAUGUUGUCUGAUCUUGAUGGUUAUCGAGAUAAUUUCGACGGAGACUACUGGUUUCAACAACUAAAAUCCUCCAGUCGAAGAAUAGUUUGAUUCAUUGCUAAUGAUUCUCUAUCACAAAAUUUAAUGUAUUAAUAAAUUGCAGGAUUUCAUUCUUUUUAGGCUAUGUUUGAUUGCAAAAGAAAUUUAAAUGGAUG